AGUAGUUGGCACCUUUCACUUCUAUAGUGGGCACUGGAACUGUGUCUAUGGUGGCGACUGGAGAGCCGAACGUCAGAGUCUGUCCGACUCCGAGACGAUAAGUCCAUGUGAAAAAUUGUCAUUAACGUUACCUCGAAUAAUAUCAACCAUGUCUGCUGCUUUCCACGUCUGCCUUCUCCUUUGGUGCCUCCAAACCAACGCUGUCCCAGCAGCGCUGGCCCCACCGGAGAACCUGGCCCUGAUCACCUUGAACACCAACUACAUCCUGAGCUGGGAUUGGGACUCGACUUUGGCUGAGGGACACGCUGUGGACUUCACCACACAAUACGUGGCGAAGUUCAAGCUAAGGUCUAAGAGAAAGAAUCCAGUGUGGGAAACGGCAUGUGAGAAGACGUCACACAGGUCAUGUGACCUUACAAAGUUGAACCUGUUCUACCUGGGCAUCUACGUGCUUCGUGUACAAGCCAGUGUGAACGGGAGUGUCUCCGACUGGACAAUGAAAGAAUUCUGCCCUGACAAAGAUGCUGCUGUGGGUCCUCCAUCCAGAGUGGAUCUUUCUCCUGCUGGAAAUGGCCUGGACGUCAUCAUAUCUGACCCUUUGACCAGCACCAACAGCUCCAUGAAGGACAAUAUCCAAGAACUGUACUACCAGAUCCUCUACUGGGAACGCUCUGUAGACACACAGGCCUUAGAAACCCAGACGUUGGAUAGCAAGGCCACCAUGGUGACUCUGUCGGACCUGAAGGCCUGGACCUGGUACUGCGUGAGCAUCCAGUCACGCUACGACUUCUUCAACAAGAGCAGCAGCUUCUCCUCGCCCCACUGCAUGCAGACCGAAGGUCCCAUUCCGUGGUGGCAGAUCGUUGGCUACUUCCUGCUCUCUCUGGUGAUCUGCUUCUUGUUCGUGGCAGUCAUACUCUGCAGCUCCAUUUGGUUCUUCAAGACUGUUAAGGCGAUAUUUUACCCCUCCAACCAGCUGCCUACACACUUCCAGUAUCUUUGUGACUCAUCUGGGUCUGACAUUCCUCGCCUCCUCACCCCGGAUUCCGACUCAGAGCUGUUGUGUGAUAAAGUGACCGUCUGUCAAGAGCCACCGGUCCUGGAAAUCCACAUCCCUCCCCCUGAGGCCCUGCCGGUACCCCCGUCAGACAGCAGUGGCAGACACAGUCGCCAGGGCAGCGGUGGCAGCGGAGACUCAGGAGUGUACUCCACAGGCUGCAACUCCGGCCUGCGGCAGCCCGACAGCAUUCAGUUGUCCUCGGGGGACGAAGACUCUGGGCAGGGCUUCCUUGACUUGGAGCACGUGAAGAUGAAGGACAUGGCUCCAGAGCUCAAGACUCGACUUCUGAUUGCCGACGACGGCGUUGUUGACAUUUGUGUAUGAAGGCAAGGCAUGCCCACGAAAAAGACAUUUUUUGAGCAUGAAGUGAGGAUGACCAUGUUAAGAAAGAUAGAGGUUUGUGGGAAAUGUGCAGCGUGCCUUUUCUCCAGCUGCUGUGAAAGGAGAGGAAACCGCUAUUU